UCGAGUGCCUGCUUCCUAAAGGACCUAUCAAUCGUGGGAGUUACCGGUACAAAAUGUGCCUCUGUAUCCGAUUUUAAACUAUAUUAGGUGGGAAAGAUCACAGGCAGUUGGUACAAACAGAGCCGAUCGGAACCAGUAAGGAUGUUGUAUUUACUCUUGCUGAUAUUUAUUAGUAUCUGUGGAUCGGAAAGUAACUCAGGAUGUUCCAUGAGCAUCAGUGUGGAAAAACAAGAAAAUGGUGUCAUUUAUGAGUACCUUAGAGGAGAUGCAGUGACCUGUGAGUACUACUUCCGGGCCAACGAACGUCAGCGCAUUAUGUUAGCUGUCAGUCACAUCGGCCUACUACCAAAAAACUCCAAUGAAGAAUGCACCCCACAGAUAACCAUAUCAGAUGUGUUAUUUACAGGCGAAGAAAGAAUAAAUGUAGUGAUAUGCAGUGCUGAAGACGCUAAAACGAAAAAAAGUUUUGUGUCGGCAUCUAACUCAGCAAAAUUAGAGUUUAGUGGUCCGUCUGACUUAGACGGAAUUUUGCUUAUACAGUUUUGGUUUGUGGAGGACGUUACGCUUAUUGCAAGGACUCUAGAACCUCCUAAAAAACAAGUGCUUUCGGAGGAGCCAAUCAUAACGUUGAAAUGUCCUGAGUGGGGAGCUAAUUUGGAAAUAGACAGUUGUUCCUGCGUUGAAUAUGAUACAGGAAAAACAACAAAUCUUGAACCUCCAUUCUGCUUGACCCCAAGCACAUCACUUAAGAAAAGAUGUUUACAGGAAGAGAGUGAAUUUCGUCAUAACCUAGCAUCCGCUAUGGUAUUUAACGUCGGUGAUAUCGGGUUGCCGCCGUCUUGUGACGACAAAGGGAAUUACAUGAAGCUACAGUGUAGUAGUGGACAGAGUGAUUCUUGUCAAUGCGUUGAUCCUGUUUCUGGAAACAAAACCUAUCUAGCGCCACCCAACUGUGAGCUUCCCAUUACUACUACGACAGAGAUGCCGCCUGUUACCCAGUCGACUGUUGACCCAACCCCAGUCCAAUGCAAGCUGUACUCUUGUCAAGAAUUCUGUCCUUACGGUCAUGGAAAUGAUGACUCUGGUUGUCCUACCUGUGAUUGCAAAGUGGUUGAGAAAUCAUCCGUUCGGUAUAGUGAAACAUGCCGAGAAGUCAGAAUUCGUAUGGAAGAUGAAAUUGCUCAAUGGAAGAAAAGUUCGAUAAAAACUACUCCAUAUCCGUGGGUGCCAGAAUGUACAGACGACGGGAAUUUCAAAGCUAAACAGUGCAAUUAUAAAGCUGGAUGCUUCUGUGUUGAUCAAGAAUCAGGAUUUCCGAAUGGAAAAACAAUCCCAGACUGUGGAACCUACAAGGACUGUGUUACGAAUAGGAUCAAUGCGUUAUUCAAAGCGCUUAGAGGUGCUUCGCACAAGAAAAAAGCAAAGUUAAUAAGACGUCUCUUAAGUGGGGAUGAUGCAAACGAUAUCCAAGUAGCUAUGGACAUGCUCAGUAAAGAAGAGGAUGAAAGCCUACUCUUUGACCCUACUACACACAUACCGAGUUGUAACGAGUAUGGUGACUACGAAGCUCUGCAAUGUAGAAUCGCUGAAGCUGUAUGUUGGUGCGUUAAUGUUCUUGGAGAAGAGAUAACAGGUAGCGAAAGUUCCACCGUGUUUCCUGAUUGUUCACAUUAUUCCCGCCAAGUAUCUUCGAUGCCAAUACGUACGAAUGAAAUAUAUCCUAUAAAUGUUUUAGAAAAUGAAUUGGCUGACCUGCAUUGUAAGUUCGAAAACAUUUCAGAGUCAGACAACUUUUACAUCUUCUGGACACAAAAUGGCAUACCUAUUAAUUCUUUCAAUAAUUCCCGAUACAACGUUUUUGAUGUUUAUUAUCUCUAUCCGACGGCGUCGUCUAACCUGCAAAUUCAAAAUGCAACAGCGGAAGAUGAUGGCUUGUACCGAUGUGAAAUAGCAGAUACAUCAAACGAUUACUAUUACAAGUCAGAGCCUUACACGUUUGAAGUUUGGAACCCGGAUCCAAAUCUUUUCAAGUGUGUGAUCCAGCCUUGUAAUAAAUAUUGUGGAAUGGGCUUCAAAACUAAUAAAUACAGAUGUCCGAUUUGUGAGUGUAUGCAAAAAGAAGAGCUUACAUUGUUUGGUGAAUUCUAUCUAAUUCAAAAACAGCUCGAUGAGCCGUUUGGAACCCACGAUGGAAGGUGCGAAGUACAACGGCAAUUAAUAAGGAAGAAACUAAUGGAAUUAGACCUUAACGACCAAUAUUCGUGGACGACCAUUGAAAACAUCCCACAAUGUGAUUCAGAUGGAAAUUAUGAAGAAGCUCAAAAUUUGAGGGACCUUGGACGCGUUUGCGUUGACAAGAAGAGCGGACAGCCGUCAGGUCGCGUUGUUCCAGAAUGCCGUGAAUUAUCUCCUUGCAUGGACCAAUCAGCAAAGAACAUUGCAGCUCAUCUUGCUUUCUUCCUUAACGAGUCCACAGCAAAUUCAACCUACCUCGCCGCAAGUCAGGCUCAAACAAUGAAAGAGUGGAAUUACGUGCUUGAACAGGCCGUGUUAUCUGGCUUGCCUAUUGAAUAUGUUGGCAAUUUUACGGGACUACCUUCUAGUCCGUAUUGUGAUGGUAGGACAGGUGCAUACUACGUGGGCGCAUCUGUGUGUUCUGUAGGUUUACUUGAAUGCUGGUGCGUCGAUUUCAAUGGUGAUGAGGUAGACGGUUCUAGGGUCGGUGUCAAUGAAACAAUGCCAUCAUGUAGAGAAUUGGUUUCAGUACCAACAGAUAUUCCAACUCUGCUUAAUCAACAAGACUCUCAAAUAAAUACGAGUAUUGGCAGCACGAUAACUUUGCGAUGUGACGUGUCCACCUGGUCACCUGAUACAUACGUUAUGUGGUUAACUCCGUCUGGGCUUACAAUGGAACAAAUGAUGGUUUUAGACAAACGUUACCAGUUUGUCGGAGAUCAGGUCACUGAUUUUUCAAUUCAAAUCACAGAUAUUCAAGAAAAGGACGCAGGGGAUUAUACCUGUUACUAUCGGUUCAUUUAUGAUAAACGCUACACUGUUUAUGUUAAUUAGUAAUACAGGUAGAUAUAUAAUAAUUCUGUGAUCAUGAAUAGUUGGAAACAAAUGUUGUGAAUGCUGUUCUCUUUCGAUCAUUCUGAAACUUACUAUUGUCACAAACAUCAGCAGCAUUUUUUUAGCUAGUAUAUGAUUUUCGUUUUCAUACUAAUGUGUGUGCUAUUUUCUGUGUUUAAGCAGUAUUUUAUUAAUGAUGAUUAAAAGUUUUUAACCAAAACAUUUUAAGUUACAAGAUCUCAUGAGAAUUGUAUAAGUUGUAGACAACCACAUGCAUGCAUCAUCACAAACGUUGCUUAAAGCUAGGCACUCACUGCGUCACAUCUGCUUCCGGAGAGCAAUUGACGACGUAACGCCGUCUGCUGAUUGUCAAUGGCAGUCUGAACAGAUCCUCAUUCAAAAAGCGAUCUGCUGGUUCCGCGCCGUUGCGUGCGUUCGUCGUCGCGUUGCCGUUGCUCACAGUGAGUACCCGCCUUUAUUUGUUCUAUGACAAGAAAUUCAGCUACCCUCAAACUCAAGAUCAGAGUUUGUAUUAAUUAUAGCAAGAUAAUCGUGGUCAUAUCAAUCGGAAAUCAUCAGUAAUAAUUUUUUAUUCAAAAUUUCGUUCAAGUGUUGUUUUCUAAUGUAAUGUAACGGUCACGCAUUUGGUAUCGCGACUUUUCCGUAGAUGCAUAGCGCCCGGAAUCAAAGAUAAACAAAAAAUAUAUAACCAAUAAUAGUGGUUGUAUUAAGUAUCAACCAAAAUAAAAGUAUGUACUCAAUAAAUUAAUUGCGUUGGGGAAGGACGUACAAGUAGGAGCGUAUCAGAUUCAGAUCUACUUCUGUUGCGUUGUAUUCUCAAAAAUUAUGUAAGAACAUAAAAACCCAUAGUUUUGGCACAAAUAUCACAGGACAAAGUGACAUCAAUAUCAUUUUUAUCCAAAGUAUUGUUGUUUAAAAUGUCGUUCAAGGACGUACCAAGCUGCUACUGGUAGGGAAAUUGCAUCAGAUUCAGAUCUACUUCCGUUGCGUUGUAUUCUCGAAUAUUAUGUACGAAAACAACACCCAUUGUUAUACACAAUCAUAACAAGAAAAAAGUGACAUAUUUUUUUUUAUCCAAAGCAUUAUUUAAAAUGUCGUUUAAGUGUAGGUUCCUAAGGACGUACCAUGUUGCUACUGGUAGAAUUGUAUCAUUUUUGUUGCAUUGUAUAUUCGAAAAUUAUGUACUAAAACAACACCCAUAGUUAUGCACAGACAUAACAAGACAAAAGCGAAAUAAAUAUAUAUAUAUUUAUCCAAAGUAUUUUAAUAACAAAUUAUUAAUAACAAAAAAAGUCAAAUGGAUAAUGAUUUAUAAUGGACCUUUCAGAAUGCUUCAAAUAUCAGCAAUACAGACAGAGCAGUAACAAAGAUUAUCCUCAAAUUUUAUAAUCCAUCUAUAAAAAUGUGUCCUAAGAUAGAUUGGGCUUACUAUAUACUACAG